GCAGAGUGAGUCUGUGCAGCGCCGGGAGGAGAAGGCAGAAGAGACCAGGCAGCCAGUCUUGUGGGAAUCCCGAAGAUGGCCAAAGACGAUUCCACUGUUCGCUGCUUCCAGGGCCUGUUGAUUUUUGGACACGUGAUUGUUGGUAUGUGUGGCAUCGCCCUGACAGCAGAGUGUAUCUUCUUCGUAUCUGACCAACACAGUCUUUAUCCACUUCUUGAAGCCACCAACAAUGAUGAUAUCUUUGGGGCAGCUUGGAUAGGCAUGUUCGUGGGCAUCUGCCUCUUCUGCUUAUCCGUUCUAGCCAUAGUAGGAAUUAUGAAAUCCAACAGGAAAAUCCUCUUGGCGUACUUCAUCAUGAUGUUCAUAGUGUACGGUUUUGAAGUGGCGUCUUGUAUCACAGCAGCAACACAACGAGACUUUUUCACAACCAACCUCUUCCUGAAGCAGAUGCUGGAGAGGUAUCAGAACAACAGCCCCCCAACCAAUGAUGACGAAUGGAAGAACAACGGUGUCACCAAGACCUGGGAUAGGCUCAUGCUCCAGGACCACUGCUGUGGAGUAAACGGUCCAUCCGACUGGCAGAAAUACACCUCCGCCUUCCGGGUGGAGAAUAACGAUGCUGACUACCCCUGGCCUCGGCAGUGCUGCGUCAUGAACAAGCUUACAGAGCCUCUCAACCUGGAUGCCUGCAAACUCGGAGUGCCUGGUUACUACCACAGUCAGGGCUGCUAUGAGCUGAUCUCUGGACCAAUGGACCGGCAUGCCUGGGGAGUUGCCUGGUUUGGAUUCGCCAUCCUCUGCUGGACUUUUUGGGUUCUCCUGGGUACCAUGUUCUACUGGAGCAGAAUUGAAUAUUAAGCACACAGUGUCUCCGCCAUACCUCCCUCCCUGGGUGACUUUGAAUUUGGUGCUGGAACCUGCUAUUUCAUCACAUGCUCUCUGUGUGCUCCGCCAUGACGCACGCUUGUCUCUCUCAAAUGCCAGUUCGGGUGGAAUGGACUUCCUUUAGGCUCUCAAGAUGCUGCAGUUGUUAGCAGAAGAUUCUGCAACAUAUUUAUAUAGUUAUAUUCAUAUCCUUGCCUAAGAUUCUGCAACAUAUUUAUGUAAGACAGAGUGUAGUAUAUGUGUACUCUAUGUACUAUGUCUAGUGUAGUACUUACAUGUACAUUAUAAGACAGAAAAUUUGGAGAGUGGAGGUGACUCUCAUCCCUGUUUAUGUUUAACGUGGUAGCACAGUGAUAUUCAAAGGAACCUGCCUCACCAUUGUAAGCUCUGCAUGUAUUGAGUAGCAAAUUCAAGAAACAGAGAGCCUGGCUCUCUAUUUUCUUUAACCUUGCAGGACUUUUGUUUGUCACCUUGUAGGCUGGAGGAGGGAAGGUGCACAGUGAAAAAGAAGGAAACUGUGGAGCUGUGCCUUUUGCCUCUGGUUCUGCUGACAUCUGUCUGCACCAAUAGUGAUCCUGACACCUUUGGAUGCUUUUAUUCUCCAGGACAACCCUUGAUUUUCAUUUAACAAAGUGCUCAGACUUCCUCUCACACCCUGUGGAGUGACGUGCAGUUAGCAACCCCACUCUCUGUUCAUUGAGAAUAUGUAAACUUUGGGGGCAUCGACUGUGCCCAUUUUACACCAGCUCAGUCUUUGCACUCAAAGGUUUCAACCUGAAACACUUCUCAAACUGCGGGAUCCAAGCCAGCUGUUCGAACAGGUGAUUUAUGGGGACUUUUGUUUGCUAUCAAAAUAGUUUGCUCACAUUAACGAUCCCAAAGAAAGUCCUGACAAGUCACCAUUUGUUUGCUUAUCCAUAAAUAAAGAAGCCCAUAAAACA